AAGGGAACCGGAUGUUGAUCUCUGAGCAACAUGGCGCCGAUCGGUCGUAGAAUCCGCAGAGUGUCUUUGUUACGUUGAUAAAGUAUCAGUUAUCUCCAUCAGUCCUGAUCCACAAGAGUCUCUGGGCGUCUGGAUGAACCUCUGAUGGCUGCUCACCCCUCUCCUGGAUCUUUUUCUUCUAAAACAUCUCCGCGGUAGCAUGCUAAGCUAACUUCAAUAGCUGGAAACAGACCGAAGUUAGCAACACAGCGCUAGCCCGAGUUUAACUUACGGAGUUUAUCUGGAGGAAGCGUGUCUGUGAUUCAGUGAAGAUGUCUAAAGUCCAAAUGCUGAGAUGUUUAGUGAAGCAGCGACUCACUGCGGCUGUCGAGGAGAUAUUUGGGCUGUUUGAAAGAACGAUAGCAGAGUACGAGGAGGAAGCUUCUAGAUUAAAAGAGGACAACGAGCGACUAAAGAAACGUCCGGACAUAAAUCUCCAGCUUCGGUCUCAAGAAGCAGACAUCCAGCAGCUGUUGGUGGUCAAAGAAGAGCUUCCCUUUGAACAGCAGGAGUGGAGCUCCAGUCUGGACCAGAAGGACCCAGUACCCCCCCACAUCAAAGAGGAACAGGAGGGACUCUGGACCAAUCAGGAGGGAGAGCAGCUUCAAGGGCUGGACGAGGCCAAUAUAAAGUUCCCAUUUACUUCUUUCACUGUUAAGAGUGAAGAUGAUGAAGAGGAGGCUCAGUCGUCACAGCUUCAUCAGAGACAAACUGAACAGAUGGAAACCGCUGCUGAUGGAGAGGACUUCGAAGGGCCACAUUCAGCCAGAAACACAGAUCUUGAUAAACAUUUAAAACCAGAUUCUGUUGACAAGACCACAGACUCUUCUGAACCUGAGACUGAUCACAGUGAUGACUGGAAUGAGACCAGAGAACCUCCAUCAGGUUUAAACUCUUCACAAAGCGAGGAAGUCUUCGUUAGCGAUUUGACAGGUAGUACUGGUGAGAAACUAUUUAGAUGCCCUGAGUGUGGGAAAUUAUUUGGCUUCAGGGGAAAUCUGAAGAUACACAUGAGAAGUCAUACAGGUGAAAAACCUUUUAGCUGCUUAGUGUGUAAGAAAUCUUUUACACACAGUAGAAGUGUACAGAAACACAUGAGGAUACACACAGGAGAGAGACCUUUCAGCUGCAUGGUGUGUGCGAAAGGUUUCAUCGAAAGUGGAGACCUGAAGAGGCACAUGAGAAUUCAUACAGGUGAAAAACCGUUCAGCUGCUCAGUCUGUCAAAAAUGUUUUACACAGAAUGGAAGUUUACAGAAACACAUGACGACUCACACGGGAGAGAAACCUUUCAGCUGCGUAGUGUGUGGUAAAGAUUUCACUGAAAGUGGACAUCUGAAGAGACACAUGAUAACUCACGGAGGAGAAAAACCAUACAGCUGCUCCAUUUGUAAUAAAUCUUUUACACACAGUAGAAGUGUACAGAAACACAUGAGAAUCCACACAGGGGAAAAGCCUUUCUGCUGCUCCGUGUGUGGUAAAGGUUUCAUUGAAAGUGGAGACCUGAAGAGGCACAUGAGAAUUCAUACAGGCGAAAAACCGUUCAGCUGCUCAGUCUGUAACAACGCGUUUGCACAGAAAGGAUGUUUACAGGCUCACAUGAGAAUCCACACGGGAGAGAAACCUUUCAAAUGUUCCGUCUGCCAUAAAAGAUUUGUUCGAAAGUCCAGUCUGAAGGCACACAUGAUAACUCACAUGAGCGAGAACUCCCUUUAGUUCUGUUGGCGAUGGAGGUUUUUCCCGAGAGGUCAACGUGACACGCCAAACAGGAGAAACAAUGUUGGGAAAUAGCUAGAAGGUUGUCCUCAGAAUGUGUAGACAAAGGUGCUGGACUCACAUAAAAGGUGCAGAAGAUCCUAUAUUUAUUAUAAUAUAGCAAAAGGCCGCUGGUCUCUGCAAGUGAAACUGGAAACUUUCUUUAAGCACAAUGCAGUACAACACAAAGCUUUAGGGCUGUCAAAAUUUAUCAAAAAUGACGUUCGAAUAUUCGCUUUAAAAAAAAACAUGCAUCCAAAUAUAUUCGAAUAUCUGGUUGCGCAUUAGGCACGUCAAUAAUACAGGGCUCUCAACUUUUCAAGAAACCUUGGAGUGGUAUUUUGUUGGGGGUUGAUGCUACAGCUGACUUGGGGGCGCGGGCGAUACGGUCGACGGGGGGGGACCAAUGCGGCUCGGUCUGAUUUAUUUUGUGGCGAAAUUGGAUGUGUGGCGGGAGUGCGUGACUAGAAAUGAGUCAUUUAUUUAAGUUUAAACGUAUUUAACAACAUAUUACCACAAAAAUAAGUAAAUUAACUAAUGGCCAAGAUCUUGCUCGCUCACACACACACGCACUCUCUCUCUCCCGCACCGUCGCGCUCUCUGUGUAUAGUGGUUUAAAUGACAAUAAACAAAUGCGGAGUGCUCAUCGAGAGUUUUGUGCAAGCAUUUCUUUAAGGUCAUGAUUCUUGUCCCAAAUAUGGCAGGCUUCAUUCAGUGAAGGUAUCACAAUCCACUGUUCGAAGACUCAGAGAGCAGAAAUAUAGAGGCCACACCACAAGAUGCAAAACACUCGUCAGCAGUAAGAAUCAAAAGGCCAGAUUGGAAUUUGCAAAGAAGUACAGAGAUGAGCCGCAAAAGUUCUGGAACACAACCUUAUGGACUGAUGAGACCAAGAUUAAUCUCUACCAAAGUGAUGGAAAGGCCGAAGUGUGGAGAAAGAAAGGAACUGCUUAUGAUCCGAGGCAUACAAGCUCAUCUGUGAAGCAUGGUGGAGGUAACGUCAUGGCUUGGGCGUGCAUGGCUGCGUCUGGAACAGGCUCAUUGAUAUUUAUUCAUGAUGUAACUGAUGAUGGUAGCAGCAGAAUGAAUUCAGAAGUGUACAGAAACAUUUGGUCUGCCAAUUUACGGAGAAAUGCAUUGAAACUAAUUGGGAGGGAGUUUAUCAUGCAGCAGAACAAUGACCCAAAGCACACUGCCAAAAAAAAAAAAGGACUUCAUCAGGGGGAAAAAGUAGAAGGUUUUAGACUGGCUAAGUCAAUCACCUGACCUUAACCCAAUAGUGCAUGCAUUUCACCUCCUUAAAAGGAGACUGAAGGAAGAAACACCCCGAAACAAACAAGAACUAAAAGACGCUGCGGUAAAAGCCUGGAAUAGCAUCACAAAUGAAGAAUGCAACAGUUUGGUGAUGUUGAUGGGUCGCAGGCUUGGGGCAGUUAUUGCAAGCAAGGGUUAUGCCACCAAAUAUUAAAUGUUAUGUACUUUAAGAUUAUUUGUUCCAAUACUUUUGCUCACUUGAAAAAUGGGUGGGUUCGAACAAAGGGUGGUAUGUCGUGAGUUGUUUAACAGCUAGAUGUGAAUACCAGGAAAUAAAAGCUGAAAUUCUGAA